AUGGGUUCCAGCACGGCGUCCGAGACCACGAUCAACACGAGCACAGAUAGCGCCAACACUAUGCUCACCAUGGUAACGACGACAGACGGGGAGCAGCCGGACGACAGCUUCGAUCUGAUCGACGUGCCGGCCGAAAUGUCGCCUCCCACUACUGCUCCGUCGCAAUCAUCCAUCCCUCCUGUUGGUCAUCGGGGACAUUCCGAUGAUACGCUCGGGGGCAACAAUAAUUCAUCGCCGACGUCGCCCACGUCACCGAUCUCUGUCGCGGCGCCGAUCGCGGCGAAUCAAACCACACCGCCAUUACCGCUUCCAUCAUCGCCCAUGACCCCGCUUUGCGCUUUCGAUGGGACCGAAAUCGCCGGGCCCUCGAAUCGUUGCAUGCGCAUGAAACUCGAUUCAGGUCAACAGGAUGGUAACAAUAAGACGGCCACCGGUACCUCUAUCAAUCAGGGUCACAACGCGAGUAAUAGCGAGGGUACGGUGACUCUUCCAUCACUCACGUCGAUAGUUCCCACGCACCAUGAAACCAGAUUUACCUUCGGCGGCAGCGGCAGAACCCCGCCUCUUCCAGAUCUCAGAGCCGCGGAUUUCUUUAGCACCCCCGUGAGAGGCUCGGUGGACGCGGGCCAGCCCGAUUCGGUCGACACGCGAUCUUCGAUUCGAAAUCUGGUGGCUGCCCAGGAGAAACACAACACCAGAGUGGGAUAUCAAAGCGAUUAUGCGGCCGGUGGAAAAAUCAACUCGGUUCAGAUGAACGCAGCAGAAAAGGGCACGAUCGAACACAAGCGCAGCCAGAAGAGGCCCAAUAUCAAUGUGACGACCAAUCCGCUCGAUAUAUCGCUUAUAAGUGCGACCCAGCCAUGCAAUACUCAGGGCUGUAAUGUUCAAAGUAAUGCGAGUACGAAAUCACGAGGACGAUCAGCUGGCGGAAGUGGCGGCAGUAAGCGAUCAACUCAGGCGACGAUCGUGGUACAACAACCGUCUUUGUCGUUGGACGCGCCCGCGGCGACGAUUCUGCUGCACCCAGACGCCGACGCUAGGCGACGCGAGGAGAACAUGCGGCAGCUGCUAGAUGUUGCCAACACCCUCACCCUGCAAGAGAUACACGACUUUGAGAUGAGAUACGGAAGCCCCCAUCAUAGCCGAUCACAGUCGGUAAAGGCUCCCGGGAGUCGUUCUUCCGGUCGACCGAAUUAUCUCUGUCUUCCGCAACAAAGAUCGCGAGUAGCGAGUAUGCCUAACACCGGGGUGGAGGAGGAAUAUUACAGACUACGGCAUUUCAGCAUCACGGGCAAAGGGGUGGUAAACCGAGGCGAUUCCCUAAAGAGCCGCAGAUCACGUUCUAACAAUAGCAUGGCGUCCAGCAACUCUAGCACGGAACACCUGACUGCCUCGUAUCCGGGAUCGGCGCGGAAUUCGGCGGCGGGCUCGUUGGCGAGUUCGAGGGAGAGCAGCGCGUCUCAAGGUCCAGCGCCGUACCGCGUCCUUAUGCUGGGCGCCCCCGCCGUUGGCAAGAGCUCCUUGGUGUCUCAAUUUAUGACUUCGGAAUACCUGCACGCCUACGACACUUCGAUCGAUGACGAAUCCGGUGAAAAGACGGUCAGCGUACUCUUGGCUGGUGAGGAAUCAGAAUUGACUUUCAUCGAUCACUCGUGUGCCGAAAUGACGCCGGAAAAUUGUAUCUCGACGUACGAGCCGCACGCAUACUGUGUCGUUUAUUCCACGACCGAUCGGGCGUCGGUGCGCAUCGCCGAGGAGGUUCUCCAAUCCUUGUGGCGGAGUGAUCAUGUAUCCGCGAGAGCGGUUAUCCUCGUGGGGAACAAGGUCGAUCUCGUUCGCAGUCGACUGGUAUCGACUGAAGAGGGCAAAUCCAUGGCAACGUCUUACGAUUGUAAAUUCAUCGAAACAUCCGUCGGAAUUAAUCACAAUGUCGAUGAAUUACUGGUCGGCCUGCUCACACAAAUUCGUCUGAAGCUGGAGAACCCCGAGAGGACCAGAGAGAUGUUCCGUAAAAGAUCGCGGAAGAACCGUAGCAAGUCGCCACUGGGUUCGUGCUCGGAGAACAACUCGCCUAAGAAAUAUCGUGGCAGUCGGACCAGCACCAGCCUGAAGGUGCGCAAUUUACUUGACAAGGUCUGGGCGCGUGACAGCAAGUCAAAGAGUUGUGAGAAUCUACACGUUCUAUAA